CCUUUCCCCAGGAAAAGGACAAGAAGAUGAUGAAGUUCCAGGAGCCAGUGUCCUUCAAGGACGUGGCCGUGGUCUUCACCGAGGAGGAGCUGGGGCUGCUGGACUCGGCUCAGAGGAAGCUGUACCAGGAAGUGAUGCUGGAGAACUUCCGGAACCUGCUCUCAGUGGGAAACCAGCCCUUCAAACCAGAGCUUAUAUUCCAGCUGGAGAGAGAAGAGCUUUUGAUGAUGGAGACCCAGAGAGGUGGGUGUUCAGGAACCAAGAGUCCACAUAAUAUGGAAAGUAUUCAAGAAGUGGGAUUAAGCUGCUUUUCCCCCAAAGAGUUUUCCACCUGGCAGUCCUGGCAACAAGGUGCAGGCAAGUUAACUGGGUGUCAAGAUUCCAUGAGAAACUUCCAAGAGAAUAUUUCUCCAUUGCAAAAACAAGGUGAUUCCCCCUGCCAGGUUUGGGCAGGAAUACCAAUUCAGAUUUCUGAAGAUGAGAACUAUGUCUUGACUCACACAGGAGAUGGUUCCAAUGACAUAAAAAGUCAAGAAUUUCCCUCUUGGCGAGCCCACCAUUCUUGGAGGAAAAUGUACCUUACAGAGUCACGUAAUUAUCAGUGUCAAUGUCAGCAAGUUUCCAUGGAAAAUGGUUUCUGUAAACCUGACAGCAACAGUUGGAUCUCACAUCACAGUGACAUUCUGGGUGUACACAGAACAGAAAAAAACUCUAGCUGCCAUGACUGUGGAGAAGAUGUCAUGAAGGUUUCAUUGCUUAAUCAUAUUCAAACAGGGCAAAAGCCCUAUCCUGGUAAUGAGUACAGAAAAGCCUUCAGCGAUGAGUCCAGCUCUGAAGUUCAUCAGCAAUUAGACUUGGAAGGAAAGCCCCAUACAUACAGUCCGUGUGAAAAGGACUGUAGUUACAGGUCAGUUCUUCAUAUUCAUCAGAGUGUUUGUGGAGGAGAUCAUUGUGUUUUUGAGAAUUUACAUCUACAGUCGCAUCAGAAAGGACAUGCAAAAGAGAAGCUGUUUAAAUGUGAAUACAGUGAGAGCAUCAAUCAGUGCUCCUUUCAUAACACAUAUGAACUUAUACCCAGAGGAGAGACAUCUGAUAGAUGCAGCAUGUAUGAGAAAGGCUUCAGUCAUAGCUUAAACCUUAGUAGUAUUGUUAGGAUCUACAUCGAGGAGGAAUCCCAUGAAUCUGAGAAGAAUGGGAAUGUCUUUAAUGAGAAUUCUUGUCUUCAAGACCAUCAGAAAAUCCACACUGAAGAGAAACGAUACACAGAUGUUGAGUGUGAGAAGGGUUUCAUUUGUAACUCAGAUCUGAACAUUCAACACAGAGUUCACAUGGAAGAGAUUCCCUAUAAUUCUGAGGCCAAUGGCUUCAGUCUGGGCUCACAUUUUCAAGACCUUCAGAUAGUCCACACUAGAGAACAACCCUGUAAACAUUACACAUGUGGUAACAGCUUCAGCCAGAGUUCGUAUCUUCAAGGCCAUCAGAAAAUUCACAUUGGAGAAAAACCUUUCAAAGCAUGUGGGAAUGGCUUCAACUGGAAUUCAAAACUUAAAGAUCACCAGAGAGUCCAUACUGGCGAGAAGCCGUACAAAUGCAGUGCAUGUGGUAAAGGCUUCAGUCAUAGAUCCGUUCUAAAUGUUCAUCAGAGAAUCCACACAGGAGAGAAGCCUUAUAAGUGUGAGGAGUGUGAUAAGGGUUUCAGUCGGAGUUCAUACCUUCAAGCCCAUCAGAGAGUCCACACGGGAGAAAAACCAUACAAAUGUGAGGCAUGUGGGAAGGGCUUCAGUCGUAAUUCAUACCUUCAAGGGCAUCAGAGAGUCCACACUGGCGAGAAACCAUACAAGUGCGAGGAGUGUGGGAAGGGCUUCAGUCGGAGUUCACACCUUCAAGGCCACCAAAGGGUCCACACGGGAGAAAAACCAUUCAAGUGUGAAGAGUGUGGGAAGGGCUUCAGUUGGAGCUUUAAUCUUCAAAUUCAUCAGAGGGUUCACACAGGAGAGAAACCCUAUAAAUGUGGAGAAUGUGAGAAGGGCUUCAGCAAGGCCUCAACUCUUCUGGCCCAUCAGAGAGUCCACACAGGAGAGAAACCCUACCAGUGUGAUGAGUGUGGUAAGAGCUUCAGUCAGAGGUCUUACCUUCAGAGCCAUCAGAGUGUCCACACCGGAGAGAGACCAUACAUCUGUGAGGUUUGUGGGAAGGGCUUCAGUCAGAGAGCAUAUCUUCAAGGCCACCAGAGAGUCCACACCAGAGUCAAGCCGUAUAAAUGUGAGAUGUGUGGGAAGGGCUUUAGUCAGAGCUCACGCCUUGAAGCACAUCGGAGGGUCCACACCGGAGGGAAACCCUACAAAUGUGCAGUGUGCACGAAGGGUUUCAGUGAGAGUUCCCGCCUCCAAGCCCAUCAGAGGGUCCACACAGAAGGGAGGCCCUAUAAAUGUGAACAGUGUGGCAAGGGCUUCAGUGGGUUUUCAAGUCUUCAAGCCCAUCACAGAGUCCACACUGGGGAAAAACCAUACAAAUGUGAAGUGUGUGGAAAGGGCUUCAGUCAGAGAUCAAACCUCCAGGCUCAUCAGAGAGUCCACACAGGAGAGAAACCCUACAAAUGUGACGCGUGCGGUAAGGGUUUCCGUUGGAGUUCAGGGCUCCUAAUUCAUCAAAGAGUCCACAGUGGUGAUAAAUUCUAUACAAGUGAAGAAUAUAGUAAGGGUUACCCUUCAUCAGAGAAUCCAUACAGAAGCGAAGUUCUGUAAUGUGGUGUUCCAUUUUAUUCUGAAGUCCUCAAACAAGAGCUGAAAUUUUCCACUCACUCGAGUUCUCAUAG